AUGACACUCUAUGACGAUUUCCCACAUGUACAUGAUACAACCGGAGCAUUCUCGCAUGAUGCAGCACCGUUUUUGCCAUGGCACCGGUAUUUUAUUCACCUCUAUGAAACUGCACUCCGUGAAAGCUGUGGUUAUGAAGGCGUCAUGACUUAUUGGGACUGGACAUUGGAUUGGGAAAAUCCCACAGCGGCCCCAGUGUGGGAUCCGGCUCACGGAUUUGGGGGAGACAGCAGACCCCAUAGCCGGCCCAGCCAAGAAGUCAUUGUUGGCCAGGAUAGAUGCGUUGUGGAUGGUCCAUUCGCAGGUCUUCAGGUCCAUUGGUUUGGAGAGCAUGACAAUCCGCACUGCCUUUCCCGGGGCUUUCUGGACAAGGCGGAUUUCGAUAGCAUUGGGUAUCAAUUUAGUCCCAGUGCCGUUGAGCAGGUCAUGAGCCGCAACGACUAUCACGAUUUCUUCCAAGAACUUGAAGAUGGUCCCCAUCUUGCUAUUCCACAUGGUGUUGGAGGGGACUUCUUCUUCACAGUGGCACCAUACGAUCCGGUGUUUAUUCUUCAUCACACACAACUCGACCGCCUCUGGUGGCGAUGGCAACAAGCCCACCCAUCAAGACAGACGGCAUAUAAUGGUCCUGCGAGCCAUGGUUCCGAGGACGCAGCAUCACUUGAUGAUAUGCUACCGAUGAGUAAUUUGGCAAAGAGUAUCAAAGUUCGAGAAGUGAUGAACACAGAGUCCGAUUUAUUGUGUUAUCGAUACUGA